AUCUGCUCUGAUUCCCCAGGGACGUGUCUGUGCUCUUGCCUGUGACCAGGGUUGACUAAACUCCUGCCAGCAUGUCUUGCCAGCAAAACCAGCAGCAGUGCCAGCCCCCUCCCAAGUGUCCUCCCAAGUGUAUCCCAAAAUGUUCACCUAAGUGUCCCCCCAAAUGCCCACCACAGUGCCCAGCUCCAUGUUCCUCUGCAGUCUCUUCCUGCUGUGGUCCAAGCUCUGGGGGCUGCUGUGGUCCCAGCUCUGGGGGCUGCUGCAGCUCUGGGGCUGGUGGCUGCUGCCUGAGCCACCACAGGCCCUGUCUCUUCCACCGGCGCCGGCAUCAGAGCCCUGAUUGCUGUGAGAGUGAACCUUUUGGGGGCUCUGGCUGCUGCCACAGCUCUGGGGGCUGCUGCUGACCUGGGCUACAGAAGAGCUCUUGGGACUGAAUGGUCAAAAACCUGCUACAGCCUGAUGCUUAACUAUUUCCACUUCCUUUCAUUCCACUCAUGGGUGGACAGGGACCACAAAGACUCAUGAGGCUUCCCUGGAAGAACUUUGUGCUUGAUGGAGCACCCCAGAUGGAAGCCUUCUUUUCCUCCUUCACCUCAUAUUAUAAUAAAGCUCUGAUUUCUGACUC